AUGAGAAAUAGGGAAGAGAGCAAUACUUCUAAUACUUCUAUAAAUAGCAGUGAUCUAUCCAAAAGCGGCAGUAAUACUAUCUAUGGCGAUAUUAGCAGCCGCAAUAUAGUGAGGCUAGACGGCAGAGAAAGCAACGAGCAAAGACUUACUGUGCAGGAGGCAACAGCUGAUAGCAUCCUACUGCGCAAGUUUAUUAGCUGCGGGGCGUCUCCCAUAUAUUCAUCGGCUAUUAUUGUAUUCUGUGCAGUGGAGAUAAAAGAGCCGCCCGUUGAAAAGGGAAGACAGGGGAUCCUGGCCAUCAACUGCAGCGACAGACGCAUACAGAUGGAAAUAGACAGGAUAUUCAAUCGGUCUAAGAUAUUGCCUCUGGACAGACUGGCAGUAAUUCCUAACCUCGCCGUAAUAAGUAUACGCAUAGACAUAGUAAUAGCUAACGACAAGGGAGGAGUGCUGGAGAUGGCCACAGAAGGAAUAUACCAGACACUGCACAGGAUAAAAGUGCUGGAAGAAAUAGAGAACAGAAGAGAGAAGAUAGUGGUACAGAAAGAGAUUAAGGAGCUUAUGACAUUCCAUCCUAGGACGGUAACGUGUGCAAUGCAGGAAGAGUGCGCAGUGUACGACCCCACAGACGAAGAGCUCAGCGAGGCAGCAGGGCACAUGGUAGUAACGCACAGUCUGAGGACAGGAAUAGACACACAGAGCAUGAUGAACAGCGGAGGAAACAUUAUCUAUUGGACAUUCUCGGGAAUAGCAAAAUACGAAUUAUUAAAGGACACAGUAAAAACCAUCCUGGCUGCUAACUAG